AUGCCUGAAGAAAGAACAAAAUAUGCGGACAGCAUAUUAACAACUAAGAGCCCCUACGAGGCCACCGAAAUAAUUAGAAUCAGAUUGUCCCAAGCGAAGUUGUUAAAUAAAGACUUUUAUCUACUUUUCAAAGAGAUUAGUGACGCCAAGCGAAACUAUACUCAGCAAUUGCGUAAGAUUGUAGCUGAGAAUGAGGAUUUGGAUAAGAUGCUGCAGACUCAGAUGCUGGAAACUCAGGUUUUGACCACCAAGGAGAUGGAGAAUUUUGAGUUUGAAUCUCUUGGUGAUUUAAGACUUCUUUGGGAUUCAAUAAUAGCUGUGUUAAGGACAGAAUUGCGAGCCAAUUCAGAUUUAUACCACGCUCUCAAUAAUGAAAUUAUUCAGACGUUAGAAAAAUCUACAGAGAAUGAUACCAAAUGGAGUGAGAGCAAAAGACUACAUUCGAAGCUAAGCCAAAUCGCCGCGACAAUAGAGCAUCACACUAGAAAUGGCGAUCGCGACGGAAAGUUGAAUGCAGCAAAUAACCAGUGGGAUUCGGAAGUUCCGUCGCUAUUUGAGUUAUUUGAAACUAUAGAUUUCAACCGUUUGGAGAUUCUCAAGAAUUCUUCCUUGCGGUACCAAACUGGAAUGAGCGAUUACUUAUUAAAUAUGACCAAACAGAGUGAGACCGCUAUGACUAAAAUGCUGGAGUUUGAACCUCAAAGUGAGGUCGAUCGUUUUGCUCGUGAAGCAAGCAGAUACAGUUUCCAAACGUUAGCCUCUGGAGAAGCUGGUAAGAAUAGUAUCCAGUCUAGCACUGUUUCAAAAAACAAGAGAAAGAGUACCUUGAGCAGCAUUGGCCAUCGAUUCACCUCAAAUUCGACAGUCUUACAUCAUGACUUGAUGGAUGGAGAAUUUUCAUCAUCAGAGAAUAAUAUCUCUCUUAAGGAGAAGAAAUCGGGAAACAAACUCAAGUCAAAAGUGGGUUCAAUAUUCAGCAGAAACAAGUUGAAGAGUAAAAAAUCCAGUACGUUUAACAAACCCAUGGAGGCCACUAUUGCUGAAACAAGCCAUUCACCAGCUAAUAAUGAGCUUUCAAAUAGGAGCAGGUCCGCAACCUCAAGCUCGGAAGCUAGUCAAGCGCGUCGUCCAACAAUGCAAAACAGAGACUCAGAUCCUCUAUACAAGAUCUCCAAUCUUCAAACGAUAAAUGGUUCAUUCAAGACCAAGCCAACCCUACCUGCAGCUCCCGAACAUGAGUCCCCUUCACAGCAGGAACCUUCAGAAGCUAUUAAAAGUGAGCGGGACUCUUCGCACACACCAUUGUCUAUUACUCAAGCACCUUUACAGCCUCAAACUAAAUCUAAACAAACAAGCUCGGAGUUGCAAGCUGAACAGGAGCAGGUUGUCAUGGGGGUCCCGGACCCUAGUACGUCUACUCAAAAACAGGCGGAGGCUAAAGGUUUACAUAUCCGUGCUCCCGCUCUUCCACCUUCUAGGAAGCAAAAUAUCACGAACAGAAAUUCUGAAGUGUUUCGACAGCCCCCUCACAUCUCUCGUAAUGGCAGCAACAUAUCGGCUCAGCAUGAUCACGUUGCUAGUCCGCUGGCUUCGCAAAUUACAGGUAGUAUGGCGAUAUUGAACCCUCAGACGACAGGCUCCUCGGCGUCGUUGACUGGUCAAAAUCUCUUCCAGCAUGCGUCUCUGGAAUCAUCUCCUUUAGGUUUGAAUGCAAGCAUAGCCGAGCUUGUGAAUGCCACAUUUCAGGAUGGAACACUCGUUGACUCCCAAUUGAUAGGUGAGAUAGCCUUGAACUAUGUCCCCAAUACAGUUUUGAACUCGCCGCUGCCCAUUGAAAUCAAUUUAAAGAUACCAAAAGCAGCCAAUUUCAGCAAAGUGAUGCUGAACCAGGCAUUCCUCGAGCGUAUUGACUCUGAAAACUUCAAGAUCAACCCUCAGUUUAUCGACGGAAGAACUCUUGGUGCUAUCAAAUACUCUAUGAAAGAUCCUGUAAUCCCCAUAGUGAUACAUCCAGUGUGGAGAUUCGAACCACAUCAGGCAAGCGUUGUUCUGACGCUUAAAUUUGCUCCAACAGUCCCGAAGGAGAUUAAGCGGUUGGUCUUAGAGGAUCUAGUUGUCUUUGUGUCCAUCGAUGGCGCUGAAGUGACAAGUGCAUUAUCUAAACCUCAAGGUUCCUUCAGUAAGGAAAAAAGAAGAAUCACAUGGAGAUUUAAGGAGCCAUUAGUCCUAGAAGAGGGUGGCGAAGAGCGUCUGAUCGCCAGAUUCCUCACCAGCCAGACGGCACACGAGUCAGAGAAAGGUAUAGCUGCGAAAUUCAUCAUUCACGGGGGCGCCGAACAGAGUGCUGUAGGCAGUGAUAUAUCAAUGGAGUACCAAGAACUUGACGAAAACAACCCUUUUGGUGGGCUCUGGAAUGCAGUGGCCGCCACAAGAACUGUAGCAGCUGGAAAUUAUCAUGGUUUAGCUUAG